ACGUAUCGGCUCCAUCUGUUCUGGAAGUGGUUUCUGUUGUAGGUAAAGCUGUUUGCGCAGGCGCGGCAUUGACAGCCGCUCUCUACUUGAUCCGCAGAGUGUGUUUAAUAAUGGCCUGGAAAUCAGGAGGAGCUAGCCAAGCAGAGCUCGUCAACAACCUUCGCAAAAAUGGAAUAAUCAAGUCAGAUAAGGUCUAUGAAGUCAUGCUGGCCACAGACCGGGCUCACUUCUCGCGCUGCAACCCCUACAUGGACUCACCACAGUCUAUAGGCUACCAAGCGACCAUCAGUGCUCCACAUAUGCACGCCUACGCACUGGAGCUGCUUCACGAUCAGCUGUACGAUGGGGCGAAGGCUUUAGACGUGGGAUCCGGGAGUGGGAUCCUUUCUGUUUGUUUCGCACGAAUGGUCGGCCCGAAAGGGAAGGUCAUAGGAAUUGAUCAUAUCAAGGAACUAGUGGACGACUCUGUAAAUAAUGUAAAGAAAGAUGAUCCCAGUUUGAUAUCUUCAGGCAGAGUGACGCUGAUCGUGGGGGAUGGCAGAAUGGGUCACGAGGCAGAGGCACCCUACGAUGCCAUCCAUGUUGGGGCAGCGGCACCUACAGUGCCACAAGCACUCCUGGAUCAGCUGAAGCCUGGCGGACGGCUCAUCCUGCCCGUGGGUCCGGCCGGGGGCAACCAGAUGCUGGAGCAGUAUGACAAGAUGGAGGACGGCAGCACCAAAAUGAAGCCCCUGAUGGGGGUGAUUUACGUGCCUUUAACAGACAAAGACAAGCAGUGGUCCAGGUGGAAGUGACUUCCUACUCCCCCUCCCCCCUCCCUUCUCCCCCUCUGGCACAGGGAUGAACUCUGAAUCAUCAGACCGGCUAUAUCCAACAUUUCACUCUGAACUGGGGUGGGGGGAGUUUGGACUGGCCCCAAGCCAUUGGAUUUCAAACUAAAAGCUUCAUUCUAAAGCAAAAAGGAAAGAACAAACGGCACACACCCCAGCAUUGCAGUUGUAAUUCAGUUUUUUUUUUUCUCUCUCCAGUUGUGGAAGAGGCUUAUAAAGUGAGGUAACCCCUCUUGUAGGUGUAUGGACUAUGAGUUAUUUAAUGUAUACUACAUAUAAGGGGGUUAUCUUUUUUUUUGUUCAUUUCCUCAAGUUUUCCUUUUGAAAAAGGCAGUUUUGGUGAUAAAUUCAGUAUUGGAAGCCUUUUUUGUUUUCUUUUUAUUCUCCUUUUCCCACGCAUUUCAGCUGCGAAGGAACUGAGUGCGAAAGAAUAGGAACCUCCUCUGAGCUCUGCCGUUUGGCUUUAAACUGCCCACGGUGGAGAGUAUAACAUAAAAUCACUUCACAGUAGCUGCCGUGUGUGCGACGUGCUGGUCGGUGUAGAUAAAUGAAUCGCUCUUUGACGCUAACAUACCUUUGACGCUUCCUCCUCCGCUAACUGUAAGGAGAGCCACACAGCGCCUGCAGUUCCACAGCGGCUAAAUUCCAUCCCCAUGUGUAGUUGUUUGAUAUGCAGCACUAAACACAAAGUGGCAUUGUCGAUGUCCCCAGUCUUGGCACAGUGGAACAUGUGAGUGGACUCCCCCUCUUUUCC